GACAAGAUGAAGUUGAUGUUGACAGUUCAAGAUCCACUACUUCUUUAAUCUUUAGUUGUAGUUUGUGUGUUUAUUCUUGAUGAUUGGUGUUUGAAAGAAUUGUUGAUAAUUUGAGUCACGCUUAUUGAUAAGAAAUGAUUUUAAUGGUUGUUCUAAAAAGCACAAGUUGCCAUUUUCCUACGUAGUUUAAUUUCCAGAACGUUUUCAAAGUUUAUAUUCUCUUCAGUUUUUGGAAAUACCAGUGCUCCUUUAGACAUAUCAUUAAGCAAGUUAAUAAAAAUGUGGUUUCUGGCCAUAGUGUGUUAGUUAACAAAGAAGUCCUAGGGUUUUAAAUUUGUGUACUUGAUAACUCUCAAAUCCAUGGAAGGAAGGUCUGUUCUGUUGGCUACAUUGCCAUUUGAAAUUAAAUCCAACCCACGAAAUAUUUUACUUUCACCAUCACUUAAACAUUUAUUGUUUUGCACAAAUCAAACUGAGGUAGUUUUGUAUAGUCUUUCAAAACAGUCUGAUUAUGGUCAUGAAGGGGCUCAUGCUAUUUGGACAAAUACAUUUAAAGAGGUUGAAAGUGCAUUAUUCUCUGAUGACGGAAAAUGGCUUGCUCUUCUAACAAGAUCACAAUCUAAGAUAAUAAUUGUCUAUAAAAUAACUGAUCAAAAUGUUUUUCAAGAAAAAGAGUUAUUCAUUGGAGAUACAGUUCAAUCUUUAUACUCAGAUGUAAAAAUUGAAAAUGUUUGUGAUGCAUCAGCGGUUACUUCGGAAUCAAGGACUUUGGUUUAUCUCAAUAAAAACCAAGUAGUUGUAUGCAGUUUAGCAUUUUUGUGUAGUUAUCAAUUGACAUCUCUCACUGAAGAUCUACAUAACUACUUUGUCAAUCUUCCAUCUGAUAUUAAAUGUUUCAACUCAAGUUUACGUCACAUCUACUGUCUUAAUCAUGUUGGCAUUAUAUAUAUGUAUAAUAUUGAAAAUGGCAUCCUGGAAGGUGUUUAUGACAUGUAUAUGGCAGUACCAAGAAGUGUGAACUUCAGUAAAAUGAGUAUCAAUGUGACAGACAAUCAAGUGUGCCUGUUGGGAGAUAGCAAUGAUGUUUACAUCAUAGAUAUUUCUGCUGCCAUAGCACUGUCUGAAUGUGUGUAUCAACCGCAGACAAGUGCUCUUGGAAGCAGUGAAAGUGUCUCAUCAUUCAAGACUUCAGUCAGUAAAAUGUCCACCUACUCCAGGGCAGAUUCUUUAAGGAGAGAAGGUGUAUCAAGUAAAAAAAUCACUUCCAUCGCCAACGCUACUUCAGCCAGCACAAAUUGGUUUUCAUAUUUAGAGAAAUUGACUAAGAGAAGAAGAAAUGAUUCAGGUAACGUGGAGGAAUGUAUCCCCUUCAUCUGCAUCCGAGAUCUUCCCAGUGUGUACGACAUUCGCAGUCUUCAUUUAUGCCAGAACAGUCUGGGAAUUUGGGCCACCCAUUCAGAUAAAACGUCUGAUGGGUUUUACAGAGUGUAUGACACAUCCAGUGGACAGUUGGAGUGUGUGGAUAUAUUGGCUCCUGACACACAAGUUGUAUCCUUGGUCUCGCAGAGUGUAAGCUUGGAUCUCUUCUUGCAAAACUCGAGCCUGUUCCUGCCUCUUGGUUCUAUCUCAAGAGAGACAUUAAUCCAGAAGUUGGUGGUAAGCGGUGAGGACCAGAGUGUGGUUGAUGGCAUGAUAGGACAUGCAGUACUGCCACUGCCCUUGCUACAAGAUGGACUAAAACACCAUCAGAUGGAUAUGAUCAGAUUAGCCCUCAACUUACACACUCAAGCUGUUUGGCGUGAUAUCGGCCGCAGUGGAGGAGAGAGGAUGGAGACCGGUGGAGUCAGCAGUUUGCGAAGACUGGCGUUGACUCAUGUCAACACUCUCCUGUCUCUUCUGGUUGACCAGACCAGUCUGCAGACAGAGGUG